CAUGUUUACAUAUUUCAUCCCAGCAUGGUACGGUUUAGAUUCAAUUAAUUCAGAGAUGUUUUGUGCUGUUGGUUUUGUUUAAUCUUCUUGGACUUGGCAAAUAGCCGGGCUAGCUAGCUAGCUAGCUAAGAAGCAAAGGCUUUGUUCUGGUCUUGAAGGAGUUAAGCUAAUCCACCUAGGAACUUGUUUUAUUUUUUUCUUGUCCAUUUUUUGUUCUUUUGUAUUGUAGUUAUUUUCUUUCUUCAUAGACUCUUGUUAGUUUUCAAGGAAAUAUAAGUGAUAUCAUCAACAAGAAGGCUACAUAGAGAAUGAAAGGAUAUUUAUUACAUACUGAAUAAAUUCUCAGAAAUUUAAGGCAAGCUGAAAUCAGCUUCUGUGCACAUGGUCUAGUUUAUUGCUUUCCACUUUUAUUAGCCUUACUAGCUUAGGGUUUCCGCACAGAUCCUAGGACAUUCUGUCACACAUGUAAAAAGGUUAAUCUGUAGCUCAUGGGUGCGCAUCUUGUAGCUUGUGUCAUCAUUCACAAAGUCAUGUAAUUAUUUCUUAAAUAUAGAGAGAAGAUAUUGAAAGGCCUGGUAAUGGAUGAGAAUAUGUCCAAUUUGACUUCAGCAUCUGGUGAAGUAAGUGCUUCUUCAGGCAGCAGAAUUGAAACUGGUGCUAUAUACCCUCAACACUCCUUUGAUUCAACAAAUCAACCUCCGCCAAAGAAGAAAAAAAGUUUUCCAGGCAACCCAGACCCAGAUGCGGAAGUAAUAGCUUUGUCUCCCAACAGUCUGCAGGCAACAAACAGAUUUAUAUGUGAGAUCUGUAAUAAAGGAUUUAAAAGAGAUCAGAAUCUUCAACUUCAUAGAAGAGGGCAUAACCUGCCAUGGAAACUAAAGCAAAGAACAAACAAAGAGGUGAAAAAGAAGGUAUAUGUGUGUCCGGAGGUUACUUGUGUGCACCAUGACCCAUCAAGGGCUCUUGGGGACCUUACAGGGAUCAAGAAGCACUUUAGCAGAAAGCAUGGUGAGAAGAAGUGGAAGUGUGAAAAGUGCUCAAAACGUUAUGCGGUUCAAUCAGACUGGAAAGCUCACUCUAAAAUUUGUGGCACAAGAGAGUAUAGAUGUAAUUGUGGCACUCUUUUCUCUAGGAGGGACAGUUUCAUCACCCACAGAGCCUUCUGUGAUGCUUUAGCAGAAGAGAGUGUUCGAGCCAUCACUGUAAACCCUAUUCUCUCCUCUCAGCAACCUGGCUCCUCUGCUUCACACCUGAUCAAUUUACAAGCCCUGUCGGUCAAAAGAGAGGAAGAUCAAAACCAGCAUCAUUUUAACCCUAGACCAGAAUAUAAUAUCCCACCAUGGUUAGUUUAUCCACCAAUCGGAGAUGCUGGUACAGGUCCGCCACAAAUCAAUCUCUCCUCACAACUAUUCCCAGAAAAUUUUAACCAGUCAUUUUUGCAACAUGGAAACCCUAGCACUAAUCCUACUGUACUUCCUUCAUUCCAGUCCGCAUCAACAGUUUCCCCUCACAUGUCUGCCACUGCAUUGCUGCAAAAAGCAGCACAAAUGGGGGUGACGAUGAGCAAGCCUUCUCCGCCAGCUGCCGCUGCCAUUCUUCGACCCCACCAAGGUCACAUGUCUAAUCUGAACCCUGGUUUCAGUUCCACGUUACCAGCUGUCACAUCUGGUCUAUUUUUGUCAUCACGUGAAGAGAUGGGAAGUGGGUGUGGCCAUGGGCUGGUAUCUUUAGAGAAUAAAGCUGCUGCUGUCACAUCUGGUAUCAUGGAACAUCUUGCUGCGAGUGAUGCAGGAGGGCCUUCUUUAGUCCAUGAUAUGAUGAGUUCUUUAUCUUCUGCGAGCGGGUUUGAUGGUUCAUCCUUUGAUAAUGAGGAUUUCAAUGGAAUGUUGAAUCCAAAACGAGACGGUUGUAAUUUUCAGGAAAUACUCUUAAAGUCAACAGAAUCUCAAUUUAGGAGGAGUGAUCAUGACGUUAGAACUUCUGCUGUUGGCAGUCCUCGUGGAGGUGGCAAUGAUGACUUGACAAGAGAUUUCUUGGGUCUGAAAGCAUUAACUCACAAAGACUGGCUCGAUCACAUUAAACCUUCAACAUAUGGGCAAAGGAACCAAAAUCUACCACCACCUUGGCAAGGUUAGCAGUUUACGGAUCGAUAUGUCAUAUCACCUGCUCCUUUUUUUCUCCUUCUUAGAGAGAUAGAGAGAAUGUCCAAAGCCAAAUAUUUCGACGGCAUCCAUAAAUUUGUAUGAACAGUACUAAAUAGUGCUCCACAGUUUUACCUCGGGUUUUGAACUUUUUUGUUUUUCUGUUUAAGUCGUUUAUUUUAUUGUACAAUAAACUACAUUAUUGGUCAA